AUGAGAAAAACGCUUGUGCUUGAUUUGGACAAUACUUUAGUGGCUUCUUUUUCAACAUCCAAACAACAGCUUCUGGAAGUGUGUGAUUUAGUAGUAACUGUAGCAAGAGAGAAGUUCCAUGACACACUUAAAAUUGCUGUUUUCAAACGACCCUACCUUGACGAAUUUCUAGAGGUGGCAUGUAGUUUAUUUGAUGUAUGGAUCUUCACUGCCUCCGAUAAGUCCUAUGCUCAACCAGUUUGUGAACAACUUUUGAAUAGCAAAUCAAGAUUUAAAGGAUGCCUCUUCAGAGAAUCACUUUCGAAAGGCGUAAAAGAUCUGUCGAUAUUUAAUGUGAGCAUGGAUCAGAUUAUGAUUAUUGAUGACGAUGAAUAUAAUUAUCAAUUACAACCAACUAACGGUGUGGCUAUAAGCUCCUUUGGUUUCGAUACCAUGUCAAUUGCUAGAGAGCAAAAACUUGAUUGUGAAUUGAAAAAUUUGAUCGAUCUAUUGAAAGCUGUUGCUCAAUCAGAAACUGUAUAUGGACCUAUUAGCAGAUACAAGCAACUACACACAAGUAGUUAUUUGAAUUGUGAUCUUUCUCCAAUCACAACAGUGGGAACACCUGCAAUCAAAUCAUUCUCCCCCUUUGACGGAAUUGAUGAAAGUUCUCCUCCUUCGUCCUCAUCCUCUGCCUCAAGUGUUCUCAUAUAA